AUGGCUGAGGAAGCUUGUGGCUUGUGUGCUCCCCCACCGUCAGACGGUGCAGAGGCGAUGGCUGAACAAGCUUGUGACACGUCUUCUGAGGAGUCCCUGAAGUGCCAAGAACUGGAGAAGGCCGGCCCAACCGCCCCACCUGAAGAGAAGAAGCAGAGGCGCGGCAGACGCUCCAGGUGCGCCAAGCGCGGUAGCCACUCCAAGUGCGGGGACGGUUUUGCCACCUAUUUCCCCAAGAUGCUGAAGCACAUCCAUUCGGACCUCAGCCUGUCCCGGUCCACCGUGAGCGUCCUGGACUCCUUCGUCAAGGACAUGUUGGACCGCAUCGCCAGCGAGGCCAGCCGCCUGGCCCGCCAGAACAAUCGUGUGACCAUCACCUCCAGAGAGAUCCAGACGGCCGUGCGUCUCCUGCUGCCCGGGGAGAUCGGCAAGCACGCUGUGUACGAGGCCACCAGGGCCGUCGGCAGGUCACACCACCGCCAGUGA